GAAGAGCAACGACCACUGUUUACGAUCGCUGUACUUGUGUCGGGGGUGGUCGGCGGUUUGGCCGUCGUCAUUGCCGUUGUAUAUCUGUAUCGCUUCUGUCUGAAGAAACGACCACCGGUUACCACUACUGGCGUACCGGAGGCGAAACGCGAGCAAAUACGCAGCAAUGCUACAAGUCAAAGCCGACCACUCCCUCUGCCGUUAGCGGCGGCCGAUUCGAGCACUCCGUUCAUCAGCCAUAGCCCAUCCAAGGAGUACACUAAGGAGACGGUUGUGGAGCGUGAGUCCACGUUCGGCUCACCAACUCGAAUCGCUCAAGUGUUUCCGUUGAAUACC